UCUUACAAAUGAAGCAACUAGUGAACACGGCCAUAAUGCAACUCUAUCUCCUUCUAACAACAGCUGCAAUUAUACAAGCAGGUGUUAUUAAGGAAGGCGAGGAGACAACGAAAAAGCCGUGUGAAGGUGUCAUGAUCAAUGGCAUAUACCAUGAAGUCGAAGAACUUAAAACCGACAUAGACCGACCGUAUAUGCUAGCUGUAGAUUACAGCACCAAUACAGUGUACUUCAGCUACAGUCUAAACACAAACGACGAUGUAUUCAAAACGGCAUCCGUCGAUUUAAAUACAAAAGCGUUCGCUGAUCUAAAUGGCAUCAACAAUGGCUUCGCUCAAGCAGUCGAUCAAAAUAACAACGAAGUUUACAUCGGAGGAAGCGACGGUAUAUACAAAUACAAUAAAAAGUCUAACUCAGCUGAAUUUUUCGGUGCCAAAGAUUCAAAUAUAUGGACACUUUUCGUCAAGGAUAAAGUGUAUUAUUCUAUUUUUCCUUCACAAUUUUUAUACGUCUUAGUAAACGGUGAAUCAGUGAGAUACAAAGAUUUGGAAGAUACUAAAGUUGAUUUGUUUAUUAUUGACAAAAAUGAAACUAUUUUUUUUACCAACACUACGGGGUUGUACAGUCAACAAAUGGGAACAAAGGAUACUACGUUGUAUAAGGAAUUUGCCAACGAGGGUGUGAGAGGUCUAACAACGGACAUUAACGGUAACCCGUACGCGUGCCUUGCUGAUGGAAUUUACAAAAUAGAUAAGUCUGAUAUUUCCUUAAAGAAAGUUGUGGAAAUUGAUGACGCGUUCGGGUUGGCAUUCGAUAAAGAUUCUAAUAUCGUUUACUCGGAUGCCACUAAAUUGAUUCGGCUCAAACCUAAUAAGGAUAAGACCUGUUAAGCUUAAGUAUAUAAAGACUUCUCUGUAUAAAUAAUGUCAUUGAACUAAAGUUCUCGUAUGUAUAUACUAGCUGACCCCGCAAA